ACCGAAUUUUUAUUUCAUACAGAAUCGAAAAAAAAGCGGGAGAGUAGUUUUAUUUUGAAAAUACCAAAGCCGUGAAUUGUCAGUGUCGCUAAUCUUGACUUCACUAAAUCUAACCUGUCUGUGGCUCUCCGACCCACCCAUCCUGUGGUAGAAACAAUAUAUACACCUUCAUUUAUUACAAAACAGCAGCAGCAACCUUAAAUGAUAUUAGUUAUUUCGGCAGAGCAACAAGCCGGGCGAUCAUUUAAAAUAUGUUCAUAACGGCAAUGUUAUUCAUAUUUUUUUCUCAUAUUCUUUAUUCUUCAUGUUAUGUAUGUGUGUUAAAAUAUGUUUCAUAUUUUAUUGACCGAGCCGUAAUAAAAUAAGGGUGUGGCAGGAAAGACUGUAGCGAGUCACGUGCUGAUCAGGUCCAGUCAUAUGAUAGUGGGAGUGAAGAUGGCGGCCGCAGGAGAGGAGGCAGCUGCGCUGGACAGUGUUAGAGUAGCUGCACCUCCGGCAGUGCUCAACCUCAGAACCGAUACUGACCAAAGGGAGGAUCUGGGCCAUGAUGGUUCGAGCGAAAACGUAGGGCCUGCACCCAAAAAGCCCACCAAUAACAAUGACGGUGGUGUGGAAACGGCAGAAGAAGCUACUGAGCCUGCUGAACCUGACAUCAAUGAACUUUGCAGGGACAUGUUUGACAAAAUGGCAGUUUUUCUGCAAGGAGAGCUCACAGCCACCUGCGAGGACUAUAAACUUCUGGAGAAUAUGAACAAACUCACCAGUCUAAAGUACAUGGAGAUGAAGGACAUAUCAAUCAACAUCAGUCGCAACCUACAAGACCUCAAUCAGAAAUAUGCUAGCUUGCAGCCAUAUCUAGAUCAGAUAAACCAGAUUGAGGAACAGGUUACAGCUCUGGAGCAAGCAGCGUAUAAACUGGACACAUAUUCCAAAAAACUGGAAGCCAAGUUUAAGAAACUAGAGAAGCGGUGAAUUGUUUGUGGAGAAAGGAAGGCCCAAAAAGAACACAUCUGCCCUGCUUUAGGAGGCUCCCCAGCAAGCUGCUACUUCUAGCAUUAGAGCCCAAAAUGCACCAAACCACUAACGGUCUUUUGAAACAUGUAGUUUGAUGAUUAUCACAGUUUCUGGCUUUGGCUCACAGGUUUUGUGGAAAGGGCCCACAGCAGUGUUCACAGUGGUAUGUGUAAAGCAUGGACAAUAUGGUAUAUAGUGUUUGAAGUUCACAUAUCAACAGCAUGCUGUGAUCCUGCUGUUGUCAGAUAUACUGAAGGAUAAAGAAAGAUCUGUUGUGACAAAACAAGCCCAGUUAUUGACUGCAUAGUCAGUUCAUAAAGCAUGACUAAAUGCUCACCUAAUGUCUGAUUUUCUAUUUAAUAUAUUCCUCAAUAGGGUGGGUUCCCCUAUUUCUGUACAUUUUUUUUUAUGACUAGAAGUGCAAAUAUUUCUGUAUUUGUCUUUAUUGUUGCUUAUAUUCCUUUUUUUUUUCCAAA